AAAGUGGGGUUAAGUUAACUUUUCAACCAAGUUUUGCCACACUUAUAACCUGGAAAUACCGAUAACAAAUUACAUUGUUAAAAUGUCUCUUUCAAACUUCACCCACGAGGGAGACUAUUAGGUCUACGUAUUUCUGUUUAUUUCACUUUAGCCACAACAUAAGAAAGCAGCCUGAACCGGAUGAUGUAGUUUGUGGGCGUUAGCUGCCGUAGAAUAAGUUUCUGUUUUCUUUAAAGAGAAAAUCAGAGAAAGUGAAAGUGAAACAGACGAACAUGUACAGCACAUAAAUCGCAGAUGAGGACCGUGUUGUAUCCCCUCAGACGACUUGCUGUGGGUAUCAUGGCCAGGUUUAGCAACAACCGACCUUAUUCUCUUGUUGAGUGGCUAUGGCGCAAACUAGGUUUUCUAUGGUGCUGUAUGAGAAGAAUAGUCAGAUUUCUAGCGAUACCUUGGCUUAAGAGCGUCGAGAGCCAAGCUGACCCUGAAAAAAGCGUAGAAGACCAACAAAAUUGCCCCAAGGUGAAUGUGGAGGAAAAGGUGGUGGAGGUGGUGGAGGUGGUGGAGGCGGAGCAGUCUCGCUGUAUUGGUCAAAAUGAGAAUUCAGCCGCAGGUAAAAGGGCCGCAGACUUCAACCGAGAUCUCGCCUGCAAGCGGCCGAGACUGGGCUCCGGAGAUAGUGAUGAGUUUGACAGCGACGACGAGGAGUAUCGAGUUGAAACCACAGACGAGUUGUACUGUGGCUAUGACUCAACCUGGGAGUCCGAGGGGGACAGAGAAGAGGCACAGAGGGGCACAUUGAUGAGGAACAGGCGACCAGCGGCUUCCAAACAUUACAAGUUCAGCAGAUUUGAAAAUUCUGCAAGAGACAUGCAGAACUACAGGCAUGACUACCCUAACCAGACCAGGCCGCAACGCUUCAUAAAUCCAGUAUCUGAUGACAAGCCUAAUUUGAAUUUCUACCUCGGAUCAACGCCCUCUCUACCUGACGGUGUCUACAUAUACCAAUUCCACAGUGAAUGGUAUGCAAAGUAUGAUCAACUGGAGUUUGUACACUCCUACAUUCAAUGGUUGUUCCCACUGCAGGAACCAGGAAUGAACCAUGAGGCCACUACUCUGACAAAAGAAGAAAUAAAGGAGUUUUGCCAAAACCGCAACGCAAAGGCCAGUCUACUGAAGUCGUACAAGCUCAUGUUGGACUUCUACGGUAUCAGGUUGUGUGAUGAAAACACAGGAGAAGUCAAGAGAGCAUCAAACUGGAGAGACAGAUUUGAUAACCUCAACAGUCACACUCAUAACAACCUGCGCAUCACCCGCAUCCUGAAGUGCCUGGGAACCCUGGGGUAUCCUCACUACCAAGCCCCCCUGGUUCGCUUCUUCCUGAAGGAGACUCUCGUCCGCAAAGAACUCCCAAAUGUCAAGGAUAGCGUUCUAAACUACUUUGUGUUUGCCGUUCUUGAUAAGAAACAACGCAGGAGUCUCCUCAAGUUUGCCUAUUUCAACUAUGACUGUAAAGAUGAGUUUGUGUGGUGCCCGAAGAAAAUUCAGAUGAUGUGGUCACGGCAGUUGGCGUCAAAGCCACAAAAUGGCAAUAAAAAGGCUUUUGAGUAUUGGAGUCUGGAUAAGGAAGAUGAAGCCAAAGACCAGGCAAAUUAAGCUGCCAAAGCAUCAUUUGUCACUGUGCUCCAAAUCCAUUCUACAUACUAAUGUGUACUAUACUACACAGUAUGUACUACAUACUUAUCGUCAUAGUCAGGAACAGGAAAUGAAUGCUGUGUGAGGUUAGUUGUCAAACUGCAACUUUGUAAUGCCAAUGAAACUUCACAGACAUCAAAAUGGUGUUCCCUAAAAUGUUGCACUGAGAUUAGUUGGAGCUGGUAAAGCACCAUCCACAAUUUUUACUUUUUAAAAAAAAAUUUUUUAACCGCAGUUAUUUAUGCAAAUGUUUGUUUGUGUUCACAGUUCAGUUUUAAAACCUCUCUUCUUUUAUCCAGUUUGGUUUGACUUUCAAAAACAAUAUUUUGAACUGGGUAAAUAUGUUUAAAUCAUAAAUAUGCAUUUGUAAUGUACUUUUUUUGGUGUGGAUACAUUUGGACAGAUGGUGAUCUUUAAGAAUUGCUCAUCAGUUUGACGGUCUAAAACAGUCUAAAAUCUGUGGCUAAAAUGUCAAAUAGUUUUCAUGUAC